AUGGAGGCGAGUGCGGAGGCGAUGGAGGCGCCGAUGAUGUCGACGAUCGAUGUAACAUCCCUGCUCGGUGAUGACGCGAUGACGAUGACGACGUCGGCUGUGUCGGAGGUCGACGCGGCGCUGCGUCCCGGUUUGCGAGAGGGCGAAGACUUUGAGAUCGUCCGAGCGUCGGCGAUGGAGGCGUUCGAGCGGUGGUACGGUCACGCGGAGGGGUCAAGAUCGAUCUAUAGGACGUGUGUGGAGCGAAAUGGUCGAUUGGUCGUGGACGUGUACGGGAUAGUGGUGCGAGCAAAACUGGGCGAGGCUCCAGACGAGGUGACGAGACGACUCGAACUGCCGAAAGGAAGCGAGGCCAGAGAGCUCGUAUUGGCGUGUAAGGCGGCUUUCGAAGAGCUGAGAGAGGUGGAUGAGGACGACAUUAGGGUGUCGGAUUAUCUCUUCCAGAAUCGAGGGGAGGUGCUCACAAAUUUGCCGAAGAAGUCUUUGGAAGACUUCCACCUGUUACCCGACCAGGAGGUGUUGGUAGAGACGAAGGCGGACGAUCGGUGGCCGGAUGAUGGGAAUUCGGUGAUAGCUUUACCCGCGGUGAGUGACGACGAUAGCAUGGAUCACACCAAACUGGGAUGUGACGUGAGCCUUACUCCGAAGAACGAUGUGUCGACGUGCGCUGAUGCGGCAAUGGUUGGGACUCGAGGCAAGGCGGGUCUGAGUAAUCUAGGUAACACGUGUUUUAUGAACAGCGCGCUGCAGUGUUUGAGCCAUUCAUCGCUGCUCACGGAUUACUUUCUGUCGGACAAAUACGAGGGGGAUAUUAAUACGGAUAACCCAAUAGGUAUGGGUGGUGAGUUGGCGAAGGAGUACGCCAACUUGAUUGGAGCGCUCUGGCGAGAUGGUGCGCUGACGGUGACGCCGCGGAAGUUCAAGCACUCUCUCGCUCGAUUUGCGCCGCAAUUUAGUGGAUAUAUGCAACAAGACGCGCAGGAACUGCUCGCGUUCUUGCUCGAUGGUCUUCAUGAAGAUCUGAACCGAGUGAAGCGGAAACCUUACGUGGAGGAGCGGGACGCAGAUGGUAGAACUGACGAGGACGUCGCACAUGAAUCUUGGGAAGCGCACUUGGCCAGAAAUGACUCUUGCAUCGUCGAUACGUUUCAAGGUCAAUACAGAUCCACUCUGGUGUGUCCGUCUUGUAGCAACAAAUCGGUCAAAUUCGAUCCGUUCAUGUACCUCUCGAUUCCGGUGCCGUCGGUCGGCGAAAGAGUCAUCAAGGUGACGCUGAUCUCUUACGGCGACGAGAUAUCCGCCGUUACGUACGCGCUGAAGUUGCCAAAAUUGGGCGAGCUCGCUACGUUGUUUAGCGCACUGUGCGAAGUCGCCGAUGUUGACACCAUGGAUGAGCGCUUGGUUCUCUGUGAAGUGUAUAACCAUCGGUUGGAAAAGACGCUGUCAAACAUGACGAUGCCACUUUCCGACAUCAGGGAGCGCGAUACGAUUUUCGCUCAUCGCUUGCCGGUGCUGAACGAUGAUGAGGUAAGCGAAACGAUCGACACCGUACUCGUUCAAAGAAAGCAUCAAAACGCGAGUCAAAACAAGACGCCUUACUCGCACGCGAGUCCACUAGCAACCUCGACGUUGGUCAGAUUCGGCUUUCCUUGGAUCGUACCGGUGACCGUACCUAAAGGCAAGAAGCCAGGAGCCGAGCAAGCGCGACGUAUUGAAUCUAUUGUGGAGAAGUACAGCGCGAAGUACGCGCGCACGAUCGCGAUGGAACAACCCAGUUCUCCAUCUGCGAGCGGCGAUGGCAGUUUUGACAGUGCCCCUGUGCAUCGGACAACAAAUGACGGGGAUCUGAGGGCGUUCAAGUUAAGGUAUACGAACAAGAGCGCCUCCGCGUCGUUUCAUGACUACGGAUCAGGCGAUCCCGCCACUGAUUCACACGAGAUGUCGUACAUAGUUGGUACAACUAUGCACUGUGUCGCGAUUGACUGGUCACCGAAAGCGCUCAGUCAUUCAUAUGACGACGAACUGUUCGAACAAGACGUCGACGAGCACGUAAGCGUAAAGGAAAACGCACUCGAUCGUACUUCGAUGCAAGGCAUGCCGUUGAGCGCAUGCUUAGAGGCAUUCAUUCAGGAAGAACCUCUUGGUGAGGAUGACAUGUGGUACUGCAAGCAGUGCAAGGAACACGUGCCAGCCCUGAAAAAGCUCGACUUGUGGCGCAUGCCGCCGAUUCUCGUCAUGCACCUCAAACGCUUUAGCUACAGUCGAAUUUAUCGGGACAAAAUAGAUACGUUGGUGCACUUUCCGCUCAACGAUCUGGACAUGUCCCCGUAUGUACUGGCGAAUACCUCGAGUGGGCCCGCGCCGGUGUACGAUUUGUAUGCCGUCGUAAAUCACUUCGGCGGUAUGGGUGGCGGUCAUUAUACCGCCUACACUCGCCACGCGGAAGAAGGCACGUGGCACCUGUACGAUGACAGCCGCUGCACUCCAGUGGAAUCUACUGCAGCGCUGAACAAUAAAGCCGCGUACGUCGUGUUCUACAAGCGUAGGGACGUUCCCACGCGUCAUGCAAUGUCGCGCCACGGCUCGAUUUGCAACCUCGAAGAAAUGAGCCAAGACACAAAAAUGGAUUGCACUUAG